CUGGUUUCCCCCCCCCCCUGCGCUGUCAGUUUUGUUUAUUCAGGAUUAAUUAGUUCUAGUUGAAGGUUUACAGCGUCCAACCCGGGCGGCUCAGCUGUGAUUUGCCGGUAAUACGUGCUGUAAUUGCCCCGUAGAAGUGAAAUGGUGGUGUUCUCCACAUAGAGCAGUGAACUCGCAGCCUCUGUAUUUACAUUGUGUGGCUCCUGCUGGGGGAACAGGUCUUUGCAUAAUCACCUCCGGCUCUACCUGGCGCUGCUUGUGCUUUCUGGAGGAAGAACAGCGGAAACAGAAAGGUUUCUGUCCCCCCCCCUCCUCCUCUCCUCGGUAUGUGAUGUUAUGUCCUGUGUUGUGAUGCAACAGAGAGUGAGUCCAGUCUGUCUGAACCUCGUCAUUUGAGGCAGCAGGUGUUCUGACAUGUGGACCUAAAGAGUCACCCUCUCCUGCUUGUGAUCGACACCUUAGUCAUUUAAGGCAGCUUCCGUCUGGACGCUUUAAAGUCGGUGGGUCUGUCGGGAUGCUCGGUCAGUCUCCUCACCUUAUCCGAGGCGUUUUGUGGAUCCAGAAUCCAAUGAGAGCUGUUCACUGCAACUUGAGCCAAAAUGGCAUCGACCACCAGCUGCGUCCCGAGGACAUGACUUCUCAGCUGGAGGAGGACGAGGAGUUGGUGGACGCCGAGGCCGUCCUGCUGGACGACGACAGCCCGAGUUACCCGGACCUCCGCCGGCCCUCGUACCACCGCCGCUCCCCGCCGCACCGCUCCGUCUCAGAGUCCGAGCUGACCCGGCCUGGAUACGUGAAGCUGUCCAAACCAGUGGCUCUGUGGACUCAGCAGGAUGUUUGCAAAUGGCUGAAAAAGCACUGUCCCAACCAGCAUCAGAUCUACAGCGACACUUUCAAACAGCACGACAUCACAGGACGGGCCCUCAUGAGACUAACAGACAGAAAGCUGGAGCGAAUGGGGAUUAUCCACGAAGCCCAGAGGCAGCACAUCCUGCAGCAAGUCCUGCAGCUUCGUGUCCGCGAGGAAGUCAGGACUCUCCAGCUCCUCACACAAGCGUCUCUGGAGUGCUCUCCGUCUUCGCCGUAGACGACCGGAUCAGGCCGGAUCGGGCCCGACGCUCGGCGCCUCUCCUCCUCCUCAUCCUCCUCACAUCCACCCAGAACUUCCUCCAGUCAAAGCUCCUCGCCUCGCUGGUCCGGUUUUCUCCACAAAGACCGAUCCUGGAAUAGAAGACCUUUCUGUUUUUGUUUGUUUCUCCAUGUGUUCCUGAAAAUCCCCCUGCAGACGUCCUGCCGUCUCUUUCUGGCCUUUUUCAGUCCAGGGCUUCAACUUCCUUCAAGCUUGACUGCGAUUCUCACAGACUGCAGAGAUUUGCACACUUGAUUCAUGAAGGAACAUUACUGAAGGAAGUUUUUGCUCCGUUUACUUUGUAGCUGCACAAUAAUUUCAGCGCAUUUCCUCC